AACCGUUCCUGUUGGACCCGGUGUAACCGAGAAGACUCCAAGCCUGUGUGGCUGAUCAAGUCACGCUGAGAAAGCAAGUUAUAUAAUAAGUCGGACUGCUCCCGAAUCAAGAUUUCGUGCUUGUUUGUACCUACAAAAUCUCAAGUCAGUACCGUCAAUUAACCCAAAUAUACUCCAUCAAACCUUCUCAAUAUGGCUCGUCCAGCGUCUUCAACUAGUGAUGUCCUUCUGUACUUCCUCGCCAUCUUUCUCCCGCCUGUGGCAGUCUUCUUGAAGACGGGUUGCGAUUCAAACUUCUUCAUCAAUAUACUUCUCACCAUCCUUGGUUGGAUCCCAGGAUGUAUCCAUGCCUGGUGGGUGAUAUCGAGAUUCGAGCGUCCGGCUCGUGUCGCUUACUAGGCGCGACUGAGUUGGCGGAGGGGCUCAGCGAGGAAGAAAUGGAUCAUGGAUCUGAAUUUUGACGAGCUUCAAGGAGAAAGUAGAUACCCAACACUGGAGAGGGAAGGCGCAAUUUUGUUGGAUCAUAAUGGCAACCACGACCGCAGUAUAUACCCAAGGAAAUCAAGUUGAGGGACGAUGCAAAUAUCUCACAGCAACGUGCCCAUUUUCAAGCAGAAA